CUUGGAUAUCGCCAUUACACCACUCUAGGUCACUCCCUUUCGAUUCGUCUCCCGACUACUACUUCUGCGCUCCCGCAUCCUUUUGAUAGUGAACCGGACGGCGAUGGCACAAGCUGCGACGUCGGCUCUCGAUACCGACUUCACACCUAGACGUCCGGCCAGAACUGGUUCUCUGCCCAUCCCGCUUUUGGAGAUGGGUGCCUCUCCUAGUUUGUCAGAUCGACGGUCCCAAGCACCACUAUCGCUCCCUUUGCCCCAUCAAGAUCAAACCAAUGUGCUCGAGGGUGCACCUUUCUUGCUGACGGGCGCGUCAAGCGCUACAAUGCAGGAAAGUUCGGCCACUACAACAUUCUCAUCCAAGCGGAAGUCGCCAUCGAAGCAGCGCCUGCGCCUUGUGCGCAAGUGGCCGCAGACGUUUAUUCAGAAACACUGGAUCAUUGCGUCCACCUUCUUUGUGGUGCUGCUCGUCAGCAUCAGCAUCGCUGUAGGGUGGUCUCUACGUUUGGGUUCCUUCGAGGCGGCUCAGGUCCUGGAUGAAUAUAUUCCGCAGGAGACGUCGCUCUGGGUCGAAAUGGACGCGAACCUGAUUUCGGUCGACUCGGACGGCCAGUCUAUAACUUUAGAUUGGUUCUUAGGCUACUUCUGUCCGCGCGGUGCCUCUCCAUCCACCCCGGCUUGUCCUGAUGUUGAAAUCUACUUUGACCAGAAUCUGUUGCGGGGCGACUCAACCGCAUCCAACAAUGAAAAGCCUGCCCCCAUAUUCACUAUCAAUGCGACGGACUAUGUAGCCUAUGAUAAAUUCAACUCGACUCGGCCUGAUUAUCGCCGCAAUUCUCCUCAGUUCAGGACGCAGGUUGCUAUGACGAACUUUUACUCUGAUGGUCGGUCCUCCCAGUCAUAUCCCUUCGACAAAUAUACAUCUACUUUAGUGUUCUUUGCGCAGUCUGUGAGCGACAACGGGACUGUGCCCAUAGGCUUCGGUCUUACCAAAGGAAUCGCCGUUGGAUUCAAUGCAAAGCUCGACACAAAUACGUCCGGGGAGGCUGCGUAUCAUGUCGCCGUCAAGAAUCUGGUAGUCACACGAGGUCAAGUCAUCAGAAUAUAUGCGCUGAUUAUCGUCAUAGCCAUAUGGAUGAUCACGAUCACGUUUGUCUUAGCUUGCAUCGUAGCUGUAUUCUUUGGAAAAGGUAUCAGAGUCGAGGUCUUGGUGUUGCCGGUAACGACCUUGUUCGCGUUCACUCAAUUGCGCGGCACGAUGCCCGGUGCACCUCCAGGCUUUGGCGCGGACAUCGAUUUUGUCGGGAUUCUCCCCUGCUUGGCGCUGCUCACCUUCUCGUCCAUCUUCACCUGCGCUAUUUUUCUCUUCCGCAACCCAGAGGACAGCACACCUAGGUGGCAGGAUUUGGUACACCCUGAGAAAGUGAAGGGUUGGGACACCGUGACGACGAAAGGCCAAGGGCCCGAGCUUCAGGAUAUGCAAGUUUGAAUAUCUGUGAUGUAACUUAUGUAUGUAUGUAACUUGGGAGCUCAUUUUCUGUCAAGUUGAGCAUAGCCCAGGCCCUGCUUAGUCUCUCGUGGGCAGACCACA